GCACCAGAGUGUAGUUCGGGAAAAGGGGAGGAGAUACCCCUUGGUGGUUAUAAUUAGUAUACAAUCAUAAAUAAACAGUCGCCAAGAGCAGCGAACCACACAGGUGGUUGGGAAGUCGCCGUCGGAGACGUCCCGGUGGCCGGCGGGGGCUCGGAGAGCGUGCGUGUGCCAGUUUUACCUGCUCCUGCUCACAAAGCGGCGUGCUGAGGGAGGACGCGGCUCUUUGAAUAGACAGGAUGCACGGACCGCCCUCCGGCGACAGCGCAUGCCCACUGCGCCUCAUCAAGAGAGUGCAGUUCGGCAUCAUCAGCCCGGACGAGCUCAAACGGAUGUCGGUGACAGAAGGGGGAAUCAAGUACCCUGAGACAACCGAAGGAGGUCGUCCCAAACUCGGUGGGCUGAUGGACCCGCGACAGGGGGUCAUCGAGAGGACAGGCAGGUGCCAAACAUGUGCAGGUAACAUGACGGAAUGUCCGGGUCACUUUGGGCACAUUGAGCUGGCAAAGCCUGUGUUCCAUGUGGGCUUCAUCAACAAGAUCAUGAAGAUUUUGCGCUGCGUUUGCUUCUUCUGCUCUAAGCUGUUGGUUGAUUCGAAUAACCCAAAGAUAAAGGACAUCUUGGCGAAGUCAAAGGGCCAGCCAAGGAAACGACUUACUCAUGUAUACGACCUGUGUAAAGGCAAAAAUAUCUGUGAGGGAGGGGAGGAGAUGGACAACAAGUUUGGCAUGGAGCAGGCUGAGACAGAGGAGGACAUCACAAAGGAGAAGGGCCAUGGUGGCUGUGGUCGCUACCAGCCCCUUAUCAGGCGUUCUGGUCUGGAGCUGUACGCAGAGUGGAAGCAUGUGAAUGAGGACUCCCAGGAAAAAAAGAUCUUGCUGAGUCCUGAGCGGGUGCACGAGAUCUUCAAGCGCAUCUCUGAUGAGGAGGACAUCAUCUUAGGAAUGGACCCCAAGUUUGCACGUCCAGAGUGGAUGAUCGUCACAGUGUUGCCUGUGCCACCUCUUGCUGUCCGACCUGCCGUGGUCAUGCAGGGCUCUGCUCGCAACCAGGAUGACCUGACGCACAAGCUGGCAGACAUUGUGAAGAUCAACAACCAGCUGCGGCGAAACGAGCAGAGUGGUGCCGCUGCACAUGUUAUUGCUGAGGACGUCAAGCUGCUGCAGUUUCAUGUGGCCACGAUGGUGGACAACGAGUUACCAGGCUUGCCCAGGGCCAUGCAGAAGUCGGGGCGCCCCCUCAAGUCCAUCAAGCAGCGUCUGAAGGGAAAAGAGGGACGUGUUCGAGGUAACCUGAUGGGGAAGCGUGUGGACUUCUCUGCCCGAACUGUCAUCACCCCCGACCCAAACUUGCAAAUCGACCAGGUGGGCGUGCCUCGGUCCAUCGCGGCAAAUAUGACCUUCCCAGAGAUUGUCACCCCAUUCAACAUUGACCGGCUACAGGAGCUGGUGCGGCGGGGAAACAGUCAGUACCCAGGGGCCAAGUACAUCAUCCGUGACAAUGGGGACCGCAUAGACUUGCGCUUCCACCCAAAACCGAGCGACUUGCACCUCCAAAUUGGCUAUAAGGUGGAACGCCAUAUGUGUGAUGGGGACAUCAUCAUCUUCAACAGACAGCCCACAUUGCAUAAAAUGUCUAUGAUGGGGCACAGGGUUCGAAUUUUACCCUGGUCCACAUUUCGACUCAAUCUCAGUGUCACUACUCCCUACAAUGCUGACUUUGAUGGGGAUGAGAUGAACCUCCACCUGCCACAGUCUCUUGAAACACGAGCCGAGAUUCAGGAGCUAGCCAUGGUGCCUCGAAUGAUCGUCACCCCCCAGUCCAACAGGCCUGUUAUGGGCAUCGUGCAGGACACCCUCACUGCUGUGCGCAAGUUCACAAAGAGGGAUGUCUUCCUUGAAAGGGGUGAGGUGAUGAACCUCCUCAUGUUCCUCUCCACGUGGGAUGGCAAGGUGCCUCAACCAGCCAUCCUGAAGCCGCGGCCUCUUUGGAGCGGAAAACAGGUCUUCAGCCUCAUCAUCCCGGGACACAUUAAUGCCAUCCGGACCCACAGCACCCACCCUGAUGAUGAGGACAGUGGCCCCUAUAAGCAUAUCUCUCCAGGAGACACCAAGGUGAUUGUGGAAAAUGGGGAGCUGAUCAUGGGCAUCCUCUGCAAGAAGUCCCUGGGUACCUCUGCUGGCUCUCUUGUUCACAUCUCCUAUCUGGAGAUGGGCCAUGAUGUUACUCGUCUCUUCUAUUCCAACAUUCAGACAGUGGUCAACAACUGGCUACUCAUUGAGGGUCACUCCAUUGGAAUUGGUGACUCCAUUGCUGAUGCUAAGACUUACCUGGACAUUCAGAAUACCAUCAAGAAGGCCAAACAGGAUGUGAUAGAAGUCAUUGAGAAAGCCCACAACAAUGAGCUGGAGCCCACACCUGGCAACACUCUGAGGCAGACCUUUGAGAACCAGGUCAACCGUAUCCUUAAUGAUGCUCGAGACAAGACUGGCUCCUCUGCCCAGAAGUCUCUGUCUGAGUACAACAACUUCAAGUCUAUGGUGGUAGCUGGGUCCAAAGGGUCCAAAAUCAACAUCUCACAGGUUAUUGCAGUGGUGGGACAGCAGAAUGUGGAGGGCAAACGUAUCCCCUUUGGCUUCAAGCACCGCACGCUACCCCACUUCAUCAAGGAUGACUAUGGGCCUGAGAGCCGAGGCUUUGUGGAGAACUCAUACCUGGCUGGCCUCACACCUACAGAAUUCUUUUUCCACGCCAUGGGUGGACGAGAGGGUCUCAUUGACACAGCUGUGAAAACUGCUGAGACUGGUUACAUCCAGCGACGACUCAUCAAGUCCAUGGAGUCUGUGAUGGUGAAGUAUGAUGCCACAGUGCGAAACUCCAUCAACCAGGUGGUGCAGCUGCGUUAUGGCGAGGAUGGGCUGGCAGGCGAGGCGGUGGAGUUCCAGAACAUGGCUACUUUGAAGCCUUCCAACAAGGCCUUCGAGAAGAAGUUCAAGUUUGACUACACCAAUGAGCGAGCACUACGGCGCACCCUACAGGAGGAUGUGGUGAAGGAUGUGAUGACCAAUGCACAUGUGCAGAGUGCCCUGGAGCAUGAGUUUGAGAAGAUGAGAGAGGACCGUGAAAUCCUGCGGGCUAUCUUCCCAACAGGCGACAGCAAGGUGGUGUUGCCAUGUAACCUUGCAAGGAUGAUCUGGAAUGCACAGAAGAUCUUCCGCAUCAAUCCUCGCACCCCCACAGAUCUCCACCCUUUGAGGGUUAUUGAUGGUGUGCAGGAGCUCAGCAAGAAGCUGGUGAUUGUGAAUGGGGAUGACCCCCUGAGUCGGCAGGCUCAGGAAAAUGCCACCUUGCUCUUCAACAUCCACCUGCGCUCUACCCUGUGCUCACGGCGCAUGACUGAGGAGUUCCGCCUUAGUACUGAGGCAUUUGAGUGGCUGCUGGGGGAGAUUGAGACCAAGUUCAACCAGGCCAUUGUACACCCUGGAGAGAUGGUGGGUGCCCUGGCUGCCCAGUCUUUGGGAGAGCCUGCCACCCAGAUGACUCUGAACACCUUCCACUACGCCGGAGUGUCUGCUAAGAAUGUCACCCUCGGUGUGCCUCGACUCAAGGAGCUCAUCAACAUCUCCAAACGACCCAAGACACCGUCUCUCACUGUCUUCCUUCUGGGUCAGGCGGCACGAGAUGCAGAAAGGGCCAAGGAUAUCCUGUGCCGACUGGAGCACACCACUCUGCGCAAAGUGACGGCCAACACAGCCAUCUACUACGACCCCAACCCUCAGAACACAGUGGUGACCGAGGACCAAGAAUGGGUCAAUGUCUACUAUGAGAUGCCCGACUUUGAUGUGACUCGAAUCUCACCCUGGCUGCUGCGCAUAGAGCUGGACCGAAAGCACAUGACCGACCGCAAGCUGACAAUGGAACAGAUUGCAGAGAAAAUCAACGCAGGCUUUGGUGACGAUCUGAACUGCAUUUUCAACGAUGACAAUGCGGAGAAGCUGGUGCUUCGAAUUCGCAUCAUGAACAGCGACGAGAACAAGUUCCAAGAGGAUGAAGAGGUGGUGGACAAGAUGGAUGACGACGUAUUCCUACGAUGCAUUGAGUCAAACAUGCUCACAGACAUGACUCUGCAGGGCAUUGAGCAGAUCAGCAAGGUGUACAUGCACCUUCCGCAGACGGACAACAAGAAGAAGAUCAUCAUCACGGAAGACGGGGAGUUCAAGGCGCUGCAGGAGUGGAUCCUGGAGACAGAUGGUGUGGGUCUCAUGAGGGUUUUGAGUGAGAAGGAUGUGGACCCAGUCAGAACCACCUCCAACGAUAUUGUGGAGAUCUUCACAGUCCUGGGUAUCGAGGCUGUGCGCAAGGCCUUGGAACGGGAGCUGUACCAUGUGAUCUCCUUUGAUGGCUCCUAUGUGAACUACCGUCACCUGGCCUUGCUCUGUGACACGAUGACCUGCCGUGGUCACCUGAUGGCCAUCACCCGGCAUGGCAUCAACCGACAGGACACGGGUCCGCUCAUGAAGUGCUCCUUCGAAGAGACGGUGGACGUGCUGAUGGAGGCUGCCUCUCACGGAGAGUGUGACCCCAUGAAGGGGGUGUCGGAGAACAUCAUGCUGGGUCAGCUGGCUCCUGCUGGCACUGGUUGCUUCGACCUGCUGCUGGAUGCCGAGAAGUGCAAGUAUGGCAUGGAGAUUCCCACCAACAUUCCCGGGAUCAGCAUAGCAGGCCCAACAGGAAUGUUCUUUGGCUCUGCCCCAAGCCCCAUGAGCGGGAUGUCGCCAUCCAUGACACCGUGGAACACUGGAGCCACACCUGCCUACGGGGCAUGGUCACCUAGCGUGGGCAGCGGAAUGACCCCAGGGGCUGCAGGCUUCUCCCCCAGUGCCGCCUCCGAUGCCAGCGGCUUUUCUCCAGGGUACUCUCCAGCUUGGUCACCCACACCUGGCUCACCUGGCUCUCCAGGCCCUGCCAGCCCUUACAUUCCAUCCCCCGGUGGCGCUAUGUCUCCCAACUACUCCCCGACCUCUCCAGCAUAUGAGCCACGCUCUCCUGGGGGCUACACCCCGCAGAGUCCUGGCUAUUCUCCCACAUCACCAUCCUACUCGCCCACUUCCCCAUCAUACUCACCCACCAGUCCCAACUACAGCCCCACCUCACCCUCGUACUCACCCACAUCGCCCUCGUACUCACCCACAUCGCCCUCGUACUCGCCCACUUCCCCGUCGUAUUCCCCCACCUCACCCUCGUACUCGCCGACGUCACCCUCGUACUCGCCGACAUCUCCCUCGUACUCGCCCACAUCGCCAAGCUACAGUCCCACGUCGCCGAGUUACAGCCCCACUUCUCCUUCUUACUCGCCAACAUCUCCAUCCUACUCGCCCACUUCGCCCUCGUACUCGCCCACCUCGCCCUCCUAUUCCCCUACGUCCCCCAGCUACUCUCCGACGUCUCCAUCGUACUCGCCCACUUCUCCGAGCUACAGCCCCACAUCGCCCAACUAUACCCCGACCUCACCAAGCUACUCCCCCACCUCCCCUUCCUACUCUCCUACAUCACCCUCUUAUUCCCCGACGUCACCCAACUACACUCCCACCAGCCCCAACUACUCCCCCACGUCGCCCUCAUACUCUCCGACAUCUCCCUCCUACUCGCCAUCAAGCCCUCGCUAUACGCCCCAGUCGCCGACGUACACGCCCAGUUCGCCGUCCUACAGCCCCAGCUCACCCUCCUAUUCGCCCACAUCCCCCAAGUAUACCCCCACAUCCCCAUCCUACAGCCCCAGCUCCCCCGAGUACACGCCGACCUCCCCCAAGUACUCGCCGACCUCCCCCAAGUACUCGCCGACGUCACCCAAGUACAGCCCUACCUCUCCGACCUACUCGCCAACGACACCCAAGUACAGCCCUACAUCUCCCACCUACUCGCCCACCUCUCCGACCUACACCCCCACGAGCCCCAAGUACUCGCCCACCUCUCCAACGUACUCGCCCACCAGCCCAAAGUACUCUCCCACAUCACCCACCUACUCGCCCACUAGUCCCAAAGGCUCCACGUACAGCCCCACCUCUCCAGGCUACAGCCCCACAUCGCCCACCUACAGCCUCACAAGCCCAGCCAUCAGCCCUGACGACAGCGACGAUGACAACUGAGUGCCUCUCGGGAAAAGACCGAAGAUGUCCCUGCCCGUCAGUCCUCUUCAUUGAAGGACUCCCCCCUUGCU